CUAACCAAACAGAAUUUAUUGCACUGGUUUGGACCGGUUUACUAAGAAUCUUCUCGGUGAUCGAUUCGAUGGACAUAUCAAGCCUUUGGUGGUGGAUCUGUGCGCGUGCCGGAGAAUAACGCCGCAUGACUCUGUGAAGCUUUGAUUCGUCAAUUAUUUGAUUUUACUGAGAUUUGUGGGUUUUGGAGUAGCUUGUGUGGAGUUUAGGAGAUGGAUCUAGAAACUGAGAAUCGAAUAGCUUCAAUUCUAUUAAGAGAAGCAGCAGAAUUGAGAAGAAAAGCUGAGAAAGAAGGUGUUAGAGCCUAUCUUGACAAGUCUGAUAUUAGGCAUAGACCUAAUUCAAGAUUUCUCAAAGCCACUGUUCUUGGUGUUCAGCAAUCAAACAAAGCGGUAGAAACCAAUGAGAUGUGGAGGGUUCGGAAGAAAGAGAUUGAGCUAGAAGAUAAAAGACACAAAGGAAAAACACAAGAGGAAAGCAGUAGUAGCCAAAUGAAGCAGAAUGGUAGUUUCAUGAAAUGGAGUUUGGAUAAGCGAUGCAGCUCGGGUGAUGAAAAAAUGAUUACGUGUGCAUCAUCAUCAAACAAGAGAUGGUAUUCAGAAGAUGACGAAGGCUUAGGAGAUGAUGACAUUGAGACUUUUCUCCAAUCACGGAAGAAACGUGGCAGAGGCUCUAUUGGUCCUAUGAUGGAUGAAACUGGGCCUUAUCUUCCUGCCGAGAAUAGACCGUUUCAAAGUUGUGAUACAAGAGAGCGGAAAGUAAUCCUGGGCCCCGAGAGACCACCUUCAUUGACACAAGGCUCAGAUAACCAGGAUGGUCCGAGGAUAAGAAAGGACUAUAUGAAGAAACAUCGUAAAAACGACAAGAAAACAGAAAAGAAGAGAAAACGGGACAGACACUAAAGAUUCUCUCAUGACAGUAACGUUGUCAAAGAUGCAGAGUGAUAUCAACAGUUAUGGUAGGGGAAACAAUUUGUAGAUUAAGGCGAUAACUAUAUUUGAGAAGCACCGUUGUAUAUAAGACCUGAUCUUUGUUCGUGAACUUUUCGCAGCAACCUUGAGCACCCUUCUAUCUAGUAACUGUUAUAUACGAUUGCUUAUUUUCUUUAAACUAUUUUACGGCUUUAAUUGAUCUGUAUCUUGGGACUAAGUUUCUGGAUUAUAUCACCAUAGAAAAAGAUCAUCAAUACGCUA